CGCCCCUGGCCACUGCACCAUCAGCACAGAGACCAGCAGACCUGGUGCUGGACAGGAUCUGCAAACUGGUGAGUCACUCCAGAGCAGCAGGAGUUGAUUCAUUAUGGAGCCUGUGGCGAAUUAUUGUGCUGAUCAAGAAAAUGACAACUCUCCCAUUGGGGCGUUUACCUUUAUACCACAGAGGACAGUAAAUCAUCAUUCGAUUCGAUUGGGCCUCAAAGAAGUUGCUUCAUUUUCUUGGUCUAAGUCAAAUAUUCAGGAUUUGAGAGAUCAGAAAUGUUUUUUUAUUUGAAAAGUUUUGUAUGAAGUUUGUGAAUAAUUCUUGCACUUGUGUUCUCUUGUUUGAAGAACUUUGUGUUAUUUUAAAGUGUUGUAUAUGUGCUUUUACUUGUGUAAAACGUAAUGUAUGUUUGUGAAUAAUUCUUGCACUUUUUUAUUUGAAAGAAUUUGAAAAACUGUAUUGGUUCAUUUUGAAGUGUUCUAUUUGUAUUUUUACUUGUGCAAAGUUUGUGACUAACUCUUGCUCUUGUGUUAUUUUGAAUGAAGAACUUUAGUGUGUUAUUUUUACAUGUUGUAUUUGUGUCUUUACUUGUGCAAAGUAAGAGAAGAACUCUUGCACCUGUGAGCUGUUUCCUAGGAACUUCCUGUGCAGACUGAUCCCAGAGCAGCAGCGGGGCUUGUUGUUGGUUUCUCGGGUCUCAUGGUAAGUAGGUCACGGGGAAGCGCAGCUCCGCCCGCUGCUGCUUCGUCUGGUCCGGGUAGCGAGCGGCUCCUUCGUGCAGCAGCUUCUCAGCAGUUUGUACCUUCGAGCUGGUUGUGAACAACAAGCAGUCGGACUGAUGCUGUUCAUCCAACAUCUGGAAUAAACCCGAUCUGACUGUCGGGUCCUUCUACAAACUGAGCGGCUGCCAUGUCCAGACGAAGCAGGAACAGUCGUGCAUGGAGAUACGUGUGGGGGGGGAUACGGCAGGACGCUGAUGCCCGGGCACUCGUGUUGGCCUCUGAAAGCGAGGAAUGGGGUUAUGGUCGCCUAGAGUUUAGUGACUCAGACUCUGAGACAGACUUUUCCACAGCGAUGGUCCCUCCAGUCCCCAGCGCAGUGCCGGUCACCGGAGAGUCCUACUGUGGCUGCGACUCCCAGGCUGAGACCAGCUACAACCCUCGUCUGCGCGGUUUCCACCAAGUCAAAGACUGCCACUGUGGAGAGGAGGACCAAGAAUUUGACUGGGGGUGGGACUCGAACAGCCGGUCGACAGCAACAUUACUGAGCUGUGACAAUCGCAAAGUGAACUUCCACUCUGAAUACAGCUGUGGCACAGCUGCGAUCCGCGGCUCCAAGGAGCUGGCUGAGGGACAGCACUUCUGGGAAAUCAAGAUGACAUCUCCAGUGUAUGGAACCGACAUGAUGGUUGGCAUCGGUACUUGUGAUGUCAACCUGGACAAAUACAGACACACCUUCUGCAGCCUGUUGGGAAAAGAUACAGACAGCUGGGGUCUCUCUUACACAGGCCUGUUGCAUCACAAAGGAGAGAAGAUGAACUUUUCAACACGCUUCGGACAGGGCUCCAUCAUCGGAGUCCACCUGGACACGUGGCACGGCACUCUUACUUUCUUCAAGAAUCGAAAGUGCAUAGGUGUUGCGGCCACAGAGCUCCAAAAUAAGAGGUUUUAUCCGAUGGCGUGCUCCACAGCAGCCAAAAGCAGCAUGAAGGUGAUCAGGUCCUGCUCCGCCCCGACCUCCCUGCUCUACCUUUGCUGCGCGCGCCUCCGCCAGCUGCUGCCAGACUGUAUAGACAACCUGGACGUGUUGCCCCUGCCCCCGGGCCUCCGUCAGUUGCUCCACAAUAAACUUGGCUGGGUGCUCAGUCUCAACAGCGGCGCCGUAGAAGAGACCCCCGAUGAGCCCGAGUGCUCCUCGCAAUUGUCUGUCCUUCCCUUGGCUGGACCGUCCUCCUCGGAGAGCGACUCGGAGGGUUGCACGUCCGACCCCGAAGCCUGUCAGAGGAAAAGAUGCCGCUGGACAUGACUGGGCGGCUCGAGUCCUACCUCCUCUUAAACACUGGCAGAGGUUACAGUCCUACGCUAUCUGAUCUAGUGUUACUUACCUGCCUCGAGCUUAGCGUGGUGGUGCAGAGAAUCACCAGGCUCGGUGGAGCAGAGGGAGCUGUGUGUGGGCGGUGGAUGUAGUUCUGCCUGCACGUUUUAAUACUGUGAUCUUCUCUCAUGCCAUUCACAUGUCUUCAUGCUCUUCAUGCACUCAGUAUCCAACACCAGCUUCAGUAAUGCGUGAAAAGAUGUGCUGUUGUUGUGUUAACUAACUUAAUGUGUUGCCAUUCAUCAGUGGCGAGGAGCGACAUUGUGUAGGAGUGGUUACGGUGAGAACUGUACAACGUGACACUGAAGCAAGAUGAAUCCAGAGUUUUGGUCGUCAUCUUUAUAUAUUUGCAAGAAGGGGGGGGGGGGGGGGGUGAAAAAAUGACAAAAGUAAAAGUAUUUUCUAUGUUUUUAUCCUGAAUGCAAAAAUAUUAUAUUAUUCGCUGUCCAUGCAUUAUCACAGUUGUCUGUUGCUUGUUUCACUAGCAUCUGCAAUUUCUACUUUUCCAAAGUGAGAUCAGUUGAUUUCUAACUUGCAGGUCACGGCUGUGACUCUAAAACUGCAACUGUCAAAAAGAAAAAACUAAAGAAAGUAUAAGAGGAGGUGGAGAGAACGCGAGUGCACUUUGAAGCUUUAAGUCAACAAUUAAAUGAUUGUUUUCUUUCGGUCUCUUGAUCACCAAACAACUGAAGCACAUCUAAUCGCUCAUCACAUUAAUGGGAAAAAAAAAACAGUUUAACUUAAAUAUUUAAUACAUUCAAAUCUCCCUUUGAAAAGUCCUGCUUGUAGUUUGAAGAAACUAUGAAUUUCCACUUUUCUGCAAAAUGUAAGCAGUAUACAUUAUACAUUGUCUCGUGUGUGUCAGUGAAAUGAGACCACCGCACCUUUCAUGUAACUUUAUCGCUGUUACAUCUUACUGUUAUUUUAGAACUUUUUAAGGGUAGUUUAUUUGUUUGAGUUUAUGAGCAGUUUUUAGCGUUUAACGUUUUUAUGCAAUUGUUCUUUUGUUUUGUUUUUACCAAAGGCCUUCUUCGAUCUCUGUCCUUAACAACUGCUCUUGAUUCACUGAAUUAGAAUUGAAUGCUACUGUCAUCACUUCAGUAUCGUACACUCAGCCCCUCCUGGCCUGAAACGUGACUGUAGAAAGGGGUUAGGGGAACAUCUGCUGUGCUCAGCUUGAAUUUGAUUACCAUGGAUUUCAAUUAUUACAAACUUUCAGUGCAUAAACUUAUGUCACGGCUUCUGCAGAGAAAAUAAUUCUCAGCUCUUUUCUUUAGAUCUUUUUGUGUAUUCCUAAAAGUUCUAUGUGGCUCAAAACACAGUUUAAAUAUUGUGCUAGUGUCUGGUAACAAUCAUAACUUAUUGAAGCAUAACCGCAACAGACAGACUGUCACCUGAGGGAUCUGCAACAUUUCUCUUGAGGUCUUUGAAAACAUUUUUGAGCGGUUUCAAAAGGUCAAUUUUAGUCUGAAUUGAUAUUAAAUUAGUGACAUGGGUCAGAUAUAAACUAUAGUUUUUCUAUUAGAGUACCCAACUAUAACAAUAUCAGUAUAAUAAUAGUGUUUGAGUAGAGGUUGAGGCUACACAGUUUGUAGACUGCCGCCUCAGUCUCUGAUCAGUUUAUUUAGCCUAAGUAGAUGCACACAAACUUUUAUGGUACUAUGCAAUUAUCUUCUGUGAUGAGGGUUUCCUGGAGGAACGGGUGUAUCUGGGUGCCAUCCCUGAGACACUGGCACAGCAGCAGCAGUGACGUGACAGAGGACCACACUUAACGGCCAUGAGUAGUGUUACAUUCCAGUUGUGCAAUGAGUUAGUCAGAAAUCCCUCUUUGUAGAUCCAGUGAUGUAACCACACACUGGUUAGUUGUAGUCCAGCAGCUGAUUUUUUUUUUUUUUUAAAUUUAAACUGUUAUUUUUCUUCACAUCAAUGCAUCCAAGCACUUUUUCUAACUGUUGUAAUGUAAAUAAGAAAAUUCUAAGUGUCUCUUCUAUAAUGUGUCAUAUUAACAAUACUGUAUGUGAAGGACUUUACUGGCCUUUUCCUGUAUAACCCCGAUCAGCAUGAUUUCAGCUGAAAAUAAAAUGAAUGCUUAAUAAACAUAUGCAGAAAGGACUUAA